UCUUUGAAAUCAGUCAAACUUGUUGGCUGUCGUAGUCUUCAAUCUGUGUGUGUGAUUUAAAUUUGAAGGGAAGUCAAAGCAAUUUUUUGUGGGGUUGAUCCAUCUCGGAGAAUUUAAGUACACUCUACGUGUAUACAACUGUAGAUAGAGACUUCUGUCUUCUCUUCCAAGUAAAGCCUCCUUCUUUCUCAAACUGGCUAGUUCAGUUGGCAGGGACAACAAUAGUAAUACAUUUAAGACUUAAAAUUUUAUUUCUCCUUCAAAAGAAACUUGACGUUAGAUGUAGAUCAAAGCCAAAUAAAAUCUCUUCUGGGUUGAAAAGUAAAGUUGCAGUCUUGAUUCUUUCUUGUCAAUAUGCCCCACGAAAUGACUAAUACUUAUUGGCUUUGCUUGAUACAUAACCAUACCUACCGGUUUUGAUUGAAAAUCGGUUGUUUUGAUGCUUAAUAAAUUACUAGCUGACGUUCUUCAUCAGCACUCUUUCGCAGUGAAAAAGUAACUUCUUUCGUUUUCACGAAUAUAAUUGUAGUACUGUUUACAGUUGACAUUUAAUGGUCACUUGACGAAGCGAUGGAAAAUAUUGUGGGGCAUCUAUAGAUAUAAAUCAUGGUGGAAGGUGGUGGCAAUAGGGUCUUGGCAGAUAUUCAAUCAGCUGAUGACUGGUUGUUACAUGCACAAGAGCUUGUUCCAGUGGCUCUUGACAAGGCUAGAGAAGUUAAAGGAUUUCCUGGUAGGUGGAAGAUGAUAAUUUUGAAAUUGGAGCAGAUCCCAUCUCAUUUAUCUGACUUGUCAAGCCAUCCUUGCUUCUCCAAAAAUGCACUUUGUAAGGAGCAAUUGCAGGCAGUGUCAAAGACCUUGAAGGAAGUAAUUGAAUUGGCAGACUUGUGUGUGAAGGAGAAAUAUGAAGGGAAGCUUAAGACGCAGAGUGAUCUUGAUGCCUUAUUGGGGAAAUUGGAUUUGAAUUUAAGAGACUGUGGACUUUUGAUCAAGACAGGGGUGCUUGGUGAGGCUACUUUGCCUUUGUCUGUAGCUGGUGCUUCAGCGGAAGGUGAAACUGCUACAGCUCAUGGCAAUUUAAGGGAAUUACUUGCACGGCUUCAGAUUGGGCAUUUGGAGGCGAAGCACAGAGCUCUCGAUAGCCUGUUGGAGGUCAUGAAAGAGGAUGACAAGAAUGUUUUGUCAGUUUUAGGGAGGAGCAAUAUUGCUGCUUUAGUCCAACUGUUGACAGCAACCUCUCCAAAAAUACGAGAAAAAACUGCAACAGUAAUGUGCUCACUUGCAGAGUCAGGUAGUUGUGAAAAUUGGCUUGUUUCAGAAGGUGUUUUGCCACCUCUAAUUAGGCUUGUUGAAUCUGGGAGCUCAGUGGGUAAGGAGAAGGCUACAAUUUCUCUUCAGAGAUUGUCAAUGUCAGAAGAAACAGCCCGAGCAAUUGUUGGGCAUGGUGGGGUUCGACCUCUGAUUGAGAUUUGUCAAACUGGUGAUUCUGUUUCACAAUCAGCUGCAGCAUGUACUUUGAAGAACAUAUCAGCUGUCCCUGAGGUUCGACAAACACUAGCUGAAGAAGGGAUCAUCCAGGUCAUGAUAAAUCUAUUAGAUUGUGGAAUUUUGUUAGGGUCCAAAGAAUAUGCCGCAGAGUGCCUGCAGAAUCUCACUGCCAGCAAUGAGAAGCUAAGAAGGUCAGUUGUUUCAGAAGGUGGAGUCCGAAGCCUAUUGGCAUACCUGGACGGUCCUUUGCCUCAAGAGUCUGCAGUUGGGGCAUUGAGGAAUUUAGUUGGUUCAGUUUCUGUUGAGAUUUUGAUCUCUCUUAAUUUCCUUCCUCGAUUAGUUCACAUGCUUAAAGCUGGAUCAUUGGGUGCACAACAGGCUGCAUCUUCAGCUAUUUGUAAGGUUAGCACCACAUCAGAGAUGAAGAAAUUGGUGGGUGAAGCAGGGUGCAUUCCUCUGCUUGUCAUGAUGCUUGAGGCUAAAUCAAACGGUGUUAGAGAGGCUGCUGCCCAAGCAAUUUCAAGCUUGAUAACUCAUUCUCACAAUUGCAGAGAAGUAAAAAGGGAUGCUAAAAGUGUGCCAAAUUUAGUCCAAUUGCUUGACCCAAGUCCACAAAACACUGCAAAAAAGUAUGCUGUUUCCUGCCUUGCAUCUCUCGCGUCAAGUAAAAAAUGUAAGAAGCUGAUGAUUUCAUAUGGAGCAAUUGGAUAUCUCAAAAAGCUUUCAGAGAUGGACAUCCCAGGUGGUAAGAAGCUACUUGAGCGAUUGGAAAGAGGGAAGUUGAGAAGUUUGUUCUCCAGGAAAUAGACAAAGGGAUAAUUCUGUGUAUGGUUGCUGUUUCAUUAUCUGUAUGAAACAUGGGUAUCACUGAUAUCUGUUAAGAGUUGAUGCCGAAUUUUAUGCUAAUUAAGAUAUCAAUGCAAUAAUAUUUAUAAAUGUGUAACUUUUUUCUUUA